GCCACACAGAAGAAGCGAGAAACCACUCUGCACGCACGCCCACACACAGAGAGAGCAAGAAACAAAGAAAGAGGAAGAGAAAGAAAGAGGGAGAGGGAUCGACAUCCGUGUGAUUCACCGUUCAUCAUGAGGCCGAUCAGAGAAGGCGAGGCGCUGGUGGGGGUCGCCGGGGCUCCGGCGGCGCUCGGCCACGGCGCGCACCCGGCGUUCUGGAUGACGCCGACGCCGUACAUCUUCAUCGGCUUCACGCUCAUGAUGGGGAUCAUCGCCGUGGCGCUGCUCGUGCUCGUCUGCACGCGCCGCGAGCCGUCCGGGUCGUCGCGCCGGGGGAGCGCCGCCGAGGAGGCGUCGGCGCGCGGGAUGGCGCCGCUCGACAGGGAGCCCAAGGUCGUCGUCAGCAUGCCCGGCGACGACUUGCCGUCCUUCCUCGCCAGCGCCAGGCCGUUCGCGUUCCCUGACGUCGUCGAGCCGCCACGCCAGGCGGACGCGGCCUAAGCGCGCGCGCCGCGCGCACCCGUGCGCCCUGCGGGACGCGGGACCAGUUUUGUUCAUCAAUCAGAUUUCUAGGAUUUACCCUAAGUAAUUUUGUCAGUACUAGUAGUAGUAUCUUGUCGAGGAAAUAGCCGGCGGGCACGACGUGAGCUGAGAUCUGUGAAAGAGAAUGGAGUUUCGGCUUUUGCAUUGCUUGCUUUUGCCUGCUCUCCCAUUCGAUUUUCCACUCGCAUAUUAACUACUCCCCAGUCGUCGUCAUGCUGAGACUCUGUCGACUCUCGUAGUGGUAAAUCUCAACGAUGAGUCACCAAGCAUUAACCACAAACCAUCAACAAUAAUGAGAGAACCACUCUCCAAUACUGAUCCAGAUUGAUCUGCUGGCAUGGCAAAAGUGAUAAGCAUUACGAGUUUGUGCGAAAUA